GGCCUUUAUUCGCAGGCCAUCUCAGCAAGAAGAUACCUCAAGGAGCCUUGCUGUGAGACAAAAGGGAAGUUCAAUUUACUCAUUCUACCGGGCCGGGUUUCAGGUUUUUGAUAUCUUUUCGGCACGAUUAGAUAACCAGACCACGUGAUAUCACGAUGUUGGACCAAGGCUUCCAGAAUCCAGUAGUUAAAUUGCCCCGUUUCAUUCUUCAAUGGAAUUUGCAUCGUCUUUAUCCAUAUACCUGGCUCCGUGUGUGGGACACUGUGCGUGAUGUCCCUUCAUUUUACAGCUGCCCAGUCUUCGCGAAUCAAGAAAUCAUCAAGUGCCCAUCCGUCCAAGCGUCAGUCGCCAUUCGCACGCCACCCACGCGCGAAACCUUUCCGCAGUCCAAAUGCUACUAUCGUUUCAAAUGCCGUUGGCAAGACGGCGUUAGACAGCAGCAAUGAUAGUAUCCUCCCUGAUAUUGGCCCAUCCCAAUAUAUAUCCGAAACAACGGUAGUAAACAGUGUAAUCCAGGCCGUCCAGUAUAUCCGCAAUACUAUGUUCAGUGACCUCCCGGAAAGAGCAGGGAUGAACAGCACCCGGAUCGCGGAGGUUUUAAAUUUUCGCCGUGCUCUCCCACCUAUUGUUUCCGUUGCGCAUGUCCAUAUGUUACUGGAUGCGCCAACUAAAGUCGAGAGAGAGAUCGUUGAUCUCGUUGAUUCUGCUCAGGUUCGAAGGCUUUUCAUUCCCGGGCGCGGAUUAAAUUCUGCUGGGCUGGGUGACUGUUUGAUCUUAGUUCAAGAUUGGGAGGAAACAGUUAGAGGCAGUUCAUCCAUAGAGGAUGAACUAAAAGAAAAAUUCCUUGAAAUUUUGUGCAAAAAUACCAAGACAUCUGCCGUUGCAGCUGGUACCUUCACGCCAGAGGAGACCUCAGCUUUAGUCCGAGCCGGUUUUCUCGUGUCCCCCUCGUCUUUAGGUAAACAUCCAUCUUUUGACACCUCUCUUGCCUCCAUCUCAUCCCCGGCAAGAAGCCAUGCUUCUAGCGCAGGGUCGCCGGGGCAAGAAACAGCAGCAUCCAGACAAGGGAAAUUUGGAAAUACCACUAUGUUUCUUUCCAUACCCAACCUGGGUCCUUACCUCCGUCUGCUAGGAGCGGCUCGAACACAAAUAAUGGCUCUCCUCAAGAGGUCUAGCUCCGGCGAAGCGCCUUUAACUCUUCUUAAGGACCGCUGGGAUGGUGCUGUUGAGUCUGAUGUAUAUCACAACGCCGCCAAACGAGCACGAGGCGAAUCUGCUGGUGUUUUACCUGGGAAAACAAAGAAAUGGAAAGAGCUCUAUGGGAUGAACUUCCGAUGGGCUUUGGAAGAGACCUUAGGUUGUGGCCUUAUUGAGCUUUUUGAUACUGGCAGCGUCGGGCCUGGUGUUCGGCGCGUUUGAAGACUUUAUGCAUGCAUUAUAGACACCACUUUCCUGAUGCUUAGUUGUAACGAGAACAUUGCAUAACAAGAACAGGAUUUUUUUUUUUGGCAUCAAACGGUAUAUUGUAACCGCUUGGCUAUAUUGAAAUCAGAAAUUCACAUCUCGCAAAUAAACUUACAUCCAGAAAAUCAUUCAGUCGAACAAAUACACUAAUGGUCGUUAAUCCACAUUCUCUACCAACCCACUCACGAAAACAACAAGCCCCCUUCUCCAGGCCAUCUUACAAAAUUUUACCUUGUUUCCGAUCGUAUGUUAUCCUAUUUGCUAGUAGCAACUUGGGCACUUGCAGUCCAAGUGCGGAGUUCGCCAUCGGCACUAGCGCACGACGGUUAGACCCUUCGUUCGGCUGACAGAUGGGAUAGAAGUGAACCCUUAAUAAGUGUCAAUAUGGGCAACUAACCUUAAUAAAUCAUCCAGAAGGGGCUUUUUAUUACAGAAUCAUUUUAUUUCUCAGGCCAAGAGAGACCCAAGGCCUUGAUCACUCCCUGGAAAACGGAGGUGUUUUGCUCGCAGUCGAUAUAAACAGCUCCUAGGACGGCUUGGACAGUCGUAGCCAUGAUUUUCUGAGAGACAACGACCCCCUCGGUUCGAUACACGCAUUUUUCCAAGCAUUUUUCGAAUCCCUGCCUAGCGAGAUGGAUAUUUGAUGCCCUGACUCUUAACGCGUCAUUGAUCUGUUCUGGGAGUUUUUUUUUAACUCAACGCUCAGCCCGCGGACCUCCUAGUGUAAUUUCAUUUCCUAGGGGAACAGAUGUAUAUAGACAGUUCAUACAUACCCCUUGAUGCUCCCUUCUCGUAGCCAACCAUGACCAGAACUAGCCUCAGAGCAGCGUCUCCAACUUGGGCCAAGCCUUUGUGUCCUCCUCCUGGGGUAUACCCCGCUGUCCGGAGGGCGUCUAGACACAGCUCAGGGUUGGUGAAAAUAUACCCCGUUGCUUCCUCAGUGUCGCUUAGUCUAUCUUCACGGGAAAGGCCGUUGUUAUUCAUUGUUGGUGGCAUUUCGCGGCUCUAAAGCAUGAAUUGCGGGCAGCAGGGCGGCUACAGCAACAAUGAUAAAGAACGCCGUGCUAGAAUUUCGAUUGGCUCCUUUCAUAUGCUGACUUUUUGCUGGUGCAUUCUCGAAUUCUUGGAUGUAACUACAGUAGAAUAGCUCCACAUAAUAAAUCGAAUAAGUGCGGUGACUGCUUAUUUAAUUAUUAUUUAAUCUGUCUGUUGUGUGCAAAAUCGGCUACCGUGUUAUUCGUAAAUCUAGAUUC